AUGCUUACAGACAUCAACCUAUUUAUUAAUGAUCUAUUAGCAAUACAACUAAUGAUCAUAGCCCCAAUUCCCCUACCAUAUGUAGACUUAGAAAAGUCCACAUUAACAGGAAACUAUAUUGGAGCUUUGACUUAUGCAUACUAUCAUAGUGCUCUAAUUGAACAUUUAACACCAGCUCAACAAACCCUACAAAAAGCAAAAAUGACUAAACAUUAUUAUACUGCCAUUAUUCAUGUCUAUAAUAUGUUUGAAUUUCUUGGCAUUGAACAGAUUUGCUGUACUAUCUAUAUAAAUUUGUUCAAGAUCGCUACUUUAUCACACCAUGACUAUCAACAGCUAGUUCAAGCAGCAUUAACAGCUAGCUUGGCUGCUUCCACAAAUGUAAGUAUCUUGCUAGAUGAUCACCUGGAGAGUAGACUUAGUGACCUUCUAUAA